AUGGAGGUGGACGAGCCUCCCACAGCUGGCUCGGCCGUUGUCGCUGCCACAACGGGUACGACGCCGGGCAGUAGUGAUCCCAGUGAGCGGGCGGGUUUUUGCCGACCGGAGGACGAGGUGUGUCCGCAUUGCAAGGCCAACAGGUAUACGCGCAAGGACCUCAGGCUCUUCACCUCGCUAUGUGGACACUUUCUUUGCGGCGAAUGUUUGGACAACCUUUUCCAACGGGCCACCAUUCGCUGUCCGACGUGUCGGGAGGAACGCCGCCGCAACGACUACGAGCUCAAGGUCUUCGAUUCCGGCCAUGUGCAGCGGGAUGUGGCCAUCCGUCGACGACAGCUGCAGCGCCUCAACCUGACCGAAAAGGACUUUCCCACCCUAGCCGCCUACAAUGACUACCUCGAACAGCGUGAAGACAUCGCCUACAACCUGAGCAAUGAUCUAGACCUCGUUGAAACGGGACAGCGCCUGGACAAACUUUUGAACGACUAUGCCGAGCAGAUUGCAACCAACGAAGCACGGGCGGACCGCUUGCGGCGCGAGCGUCUACAACGCCAAAAGUUGGAACAAGAUGCUGCUCUGGCACGUCGACGGUUGGCUGAGCAGCGAGCCAUUCAAGCAGAGCAGCGGCGCACCAAGGAACGGACAAUGAUCAUGGGCUUGCUUGAGCGUGGCGUGGAGCUCAAGCAGGCGCGUCUCCAAGUGAAAACAGAACUUGACCAGGAGGAACGCGCCCUAGCUGAUGAAGCUGCACGCCUGCGUCAACAACAAGAAGCCGAUGCUCACAUGGAAACACUCGUGCCGCGCGAGGCUGCUCCUUUGUUCGUCUACCAGCGGCCGACAAGAAAACUCGCCAACGGCCUCAUCACGCCCCCAACACCAGAGAUUGCCCAAGCUUUCUACGCAUCCGGUGCGACCUGGCAGCAAGCCCUCAACGGCAAUGUUGCUGAGACCCUCUUGCGUGUCGGUGGCUACUUGCCCGAGUGGACUUUGAAGCGAGGCUUGCAAGAAGCCUUGGAUGGUUUGACUCUGGACUGA